AGCCGCGGCUGGGAACAGCGGCAGCCCCGGGCUGAAGCAGCUGCACACAGGCGCCCCCCACCCCACCCCGCCCCAAAAAGUUGGGCGACGAUGGAGACCGCCCGUCUGGUCCCUCCGGGGGCGACUGCAGCAGCCGCGGAGGCACAAAGGGAUCCCCAGUGAUCUCUCGGCUCUUCUGGCUUGGAGUUUCCAGCUCGCCCGUCCAAGGGGGGCGGGAAGGGAGGGAAGCAAGGAAGGAUUUCUUCCCCCGCCUCUCCAGGGUCCAAGCGAGGGACAGAGAGAGAGAGAGAGAGAGACGCAGCUCGGAGUCGCCUUUCCUCGGUCCUCCCUUGCCCGGUCUUCUGCCUCCUUGCCGCGCGGGAGGGAGGCAGGGCAGGGGCAGGAGGGGCGGGGACCCCAACCCUCCAGGAUGACCGGGGUCUUUGACAGCCUGGUCUCAGAUAUGCAUUCCAACCAGAUUACCUCCAGCAGUUACCACCAGCAGCAGCAACAGCACCACAGUUUGCACAAGCCCCAGGAAUCGCCCACUCUGCCCGUCUCCACCGCCACCGACAGCAGCUACUACACCAACCAGCACGGCGGCAGCGGAGGGGGCGCGGGCGGAAACGGAGGCAGCGGGUCGCCCUACACCCAGAUGGACUCCUACCAGUACCACCCCAGCGCCAUCGGCACCGGGCCCUACUCCACCAAAGGCGGCAGCUACGAGCUGGGAUACCCGGCUUCUUACAGCUCCUACGCACCCUACGGGGCCAGGGCCUCGCCGGUCAACAACGACCCUGCGGAGAAAGAAGAGGGCGAGCCCGAGAUCCGGAUCGUCAACGGAAAGCCAAAGAAAGUGCGGAAGCCCCGGACCAUCUACUCCAGUUUCCAACUGGCAGCUUUGCAGAGGCGCUUCCAGAAGACCCAAUACCUGGCGCUGCCCGAGAGAGCCGAGCUGGCCGCCUCGCUGGGCCUCACUCAAACUCAGGUGAAGAUCUGGUUCCAAAACCGGCGCUCCAAGUUCAAGAAGAUGUGGAAAAGCGGCGAGAUCCCUGCAGACCUGCAACCCGGUGGUGGUGGGGCCUCUCCGCCUUGCGCCUCGCCUCCAGCCUCGGCCACCCUGGCCUGGGAUUUUGCUCCCCACCAGCAGCGAAUGAGCAAUGGAGGCGGCGGCGGGGGAAGCAGCGCGGGCUCCAGCCCCGGCACUCCCGGCGGGGCAGCGGCGGCUUUCCUGGGUAACUAUUCGUGGUACCACCAGGCGUCCAGUGCCGCCGCCGUCGCUUCACAUUUGCAAGCCGCCUCCCCAAUCCUGCAGCAAGGGCAGCCUCACCCGCACCACCCCCACCUGCAUCAUCAUCACCACCACAGCUCGGCCGUCACUGCAGGGACGAUUUUCUAGCUUCCCCCCAUCCUCAAGGGGCAUCACCCCGCUCCCCAAAAGGAGAUGGGGAGGGGGCACAGCAGCCCUUCCACGUCCUCAGUGGACUGAGAUAGCCCCCCUGGUGCUUUGUUGAAGAAUUACUUUCCUCUCUCCCCCCAGGCUGCUCUGCUGGUUCUUUCUGUCUGGUGGCCCACCCCCCAAAAAACAGUGUGGGAUCCAGGUUUGCCAACUCUGGGUUUGGGAAUCCCUGCAGAUUUUGUGAGGACCUCAACAGGGUAGAAAUGCUAUAGAGUCCACCCUCCAAAGCAGCCAUGUUUUCCAGGGGAUAUGAUCUCUGCAGCUCAAUUGUAAUCCCAGAACUCCAAGCCUUGCCUGGAGGUUGGCAACCCAUUGUUCCCUUUCCUGCCCCUCAAGUAUAUCAGACGCCUGUGGGGGGUAGAAGGAGGAUGUUCACCACCCCCCUUCACUGUAAUCUUCAACAAACUUCACCAUUCUCAUUUUUCAUCCAAUCACCAGUGCAGAAUUUCUUAUUUAAUUUUUUUUUAAUUUUUUGUAAACGUUUUUUAUAGGUGCCUUUGCAGAUGACCUCAUUUUGAUGUUGGGAGAAAGAAAAAGAUAAAAUAAUUUUUAUAUGUAGAUAUUUAAAAAAUUUAAAAACCCAGCUGUGUUUAAAUUAUCUUUUUUUAAAUGUUUGCAGGGCUUUUCUUCACCAGGGAAAAAAAUAUGUUUGUAAUAAAGCUGUGUGUGCUGAUUUCCUCCCUUUCCCUUUAGCCUUCUUUGUAUAGAAAAAUUGAAAAGUCCCCCUUGGACGAGCUGUAUUUGUUUUGUGAACCAAGAUUUCUGAAUGCCAUUUUUCUCUCUUCCCCCGCCCCCCCCCCCAAUUCUUUACGAUCUCUGACAUUUCCUCCUCUGUUAAAAACCAUAAGCUACUGAAUUCUUUCUCCCCCUUCGUUUUUUUUUAAAAGCGAAACACGAAAAAGGUUAUUUUUCUUGAUUAUUUAUUACGGAAGCAGAUGAACGGAAAAAAACCCCAAUUCAAUGUUACUUUUACAAGAUGAAGAGAUUAUUUAAAUAAAUUAUUGUCUCCACA